CGAUUCUUCUCUUCUUCCUAUUCUCCGCCCGAUCUGUUACUGUUUUUUUUUUACUGUCAAAUUCAAUGGAGCUUGUGAAACAAGAUGGGAAUGAUUCUCUUGAUAUGCUUAUUCGACGUGCCGUUGGAAAGGAUCCGUUUCUUUCAUUCCCUAGACCUGAAAAUAGUCCAGUCCAGCUUUUUCAACUUCUCCAUACCUUAGAACGUCCAGGCUGGCCAUUGCUGACCCCUUUGAAGAUACAAAUGCAGAAGUGUGAAAAGUGCAGUAGGGAGUUUUGCUCUCCUGUGAACUAUAGAAGACAUAACCGCAUGCAUCGGCGUCAAAGAAAGCCUGAAAAGGAUUCUGGCAAAGAGAGGGAUGCGCUGGGAGCCUUUUGGAAUAAGCUCUCUGCAACUGAUGCAAAGGAGAUUCUCUCAUUAAAGAGCAUGAUGCUUGAGGAUGUUCCUGGGGCAUCAGUUGAGUCAGGAUUAAUGUCACUUAUUGAAAAACCAGGAUAUACUGCUCUGCCACAAUAUUAUCUAAGAGCUGGUUCUGGCCUUUUGGAUAUUCUCCAGGCUAGACCACCUAGGCUGCACCAAUGCAAAAGUACAUUUUUGACGGGGAAACAGGAAAAAACUGUACUGGAGGCAAAAAAUGUUGUUGCUUGCGCAAGCUUCCUUCUGGAACAGCAACUGAUUAAAGCAUGGCUGGCUGACAAAGAUGCGGAAGCUCUGAGGUGCCAAAAGUUACUGGUUGAAGAGGAAGAAGCUGCUCAAAGAAGACGAGCUGAGCUCUUGGAGAGGAAGAAGAGGAAGAAGCUAAGGCAGAAAGAGCAGAGAGAGAAGGACCAGAAAAAAGAUGCUAAGGAAGACGAGAGCACCACAUCAGAGGAACAAGAAUAUCCAGCUGAGUCAUCAAGUCCUUUAUCUGUAGCUUCUGAUUCUGAGGCACAGAGACCAGAUUCCAUACCAAUUGAUGAUUCUUCAUCCCUCGAGGACCCUCAAGUUUUGGAAACGAAUAAUGGGAGAAACUGUGAAACUCAAGCGACAAUGGUUGAUGAUGAUGGCUUAGGCAAUGGCCAAAACAUGGAAAGGCGAAGUGGCCGUAGGCAAAUGCACAGAUCACAACAGGGAAUGCCGAAUGGGUUCCAUGCUAAUCAUGCACCAAAACUUGGAGGCAUGCGAAAGAAUGGAACCAACAGAGACGCAAGAGUCAAUGCUACUAAAGUUUGGAGCCGAAAAUCCGAUAACCCCAAAUUGAUAUCACAACAUGCAGCAGUGACUCAGCAGGAUCAGACAAACAUCAGCGAAUUUAGAAUUGGAUCAGUGAGUGUAACAAUCCGAAACAGUGGAGAACAUAACCAAACCAAAUGCAGUGAAGGGGAGGGAAGAACAAAGACUGUUGAGGCGAAACCCACAUCUGAGCAAUCAACUGUAAAAAUAUGGAGACCAGUGAGCAGUCAGGGAAGAAAAAUCUCAACAGUCGAUGAAAACACAGACAAAGAAGAUAAGAAGUCAAACUCAACUCAACCCGAAGUAAAGACUGCUCAUCACAUAAGCUUGCAGUUUAACAACCACGAAGCAAAGGCGUUUCUUGCAAAGAGAUGGAAAGAGGCAACCUCUGCAGAACACGUUACAUUGGUUCUGUCUCAGGAAACCGACAUCUCGGGCAACAACUCUCACGAAUCCUCAAAUGGUGUUAUAACCGCAAGACCAAAGCUGAGGACGAAAACCGAAAAGGGCACCAAGGUAAAGUAUACCAAAAGUGCAGUGUUAGCGAGCGAGACAGAUCUUUUCUUUUGCUUCUAGAGAGAUUUUUCCCAUUUAAGAGUCUUCAUUCUUUCUUUUUUUUACUUCAUAUUCUUGGUAGAAAGAGAUUGUUUUGUUAUUUUGUUGACCUUUUUUUGCCAUAUUGAGGGUUUAAAAUUUGAAACUUUUGAAAUGGGGUUCUUUGAUUUUUUGUGUAAUAAAGUUAAUUCUCAACA